CAUUUUCACCGCUCUCUCUCCUCCCUGUAUUUAUCUUCUCCUUUCUUCAACCUUUGAGUGGCUUUCUGGUGGCCCAAGGAAAACAAACCAACAGAACCGAAAAAAAAAGGCACAAACUUUAUCUCCUUUUCCCGGCCACCCACAUCGGAACCCAGAUUGAAUCCGGACCCGAAUUCUCAGAAAACCAACCCCACAUUGACGAUUGAGAGAUGAACCCACAGUAGAUAUGGAUGUGGGUCAUUGAAUCUUUUCAGUUGUCAAUGCUAAUAGUUGGAGGAAGGGAACGGGUUUGAGAUGUGAAACCUGAUUCGGGUGCGGAUACGGGCUUGGUUUUCAGAUUCAUGGGGAUUUGUUUCAGUUCUGUAAAGGACCAGCAUUCCAAUUAUACACACGCCAGUCCUCAAGGAUAAUGGCCUGCUCAACAAAACUGGUAAUGUGUGGAUUUUUCGGAAAUAUUGGGCAACUGAUAGAAUCACUUCUCUCUUCUUCUUGUGAAAAAAUUCAAAUCGAGUAGGAGAUGACUCUGUUGUAUCUUCUCAAGCUCCAAGUAGAACAUCAAACACCACUCCUUUGGCUUCCAAGAAUGUCAAAGACCUUCGCCAAAGCCCCGGAUAUAUCAAUGUCAGCAUAUUUACUUACAAUGAGAUGAGUUUGGCCACAAAACAUUUCCGGCCAGAUCUAAUUCUUGGUGAGGGUGGGUUUGGAGUUGUAUAUAAAGGAGUUAUUGACGAUAACGUGAGGACUGGAUUCAAGACCACGCAAGUUGCCAUCAAGGAGCUUAAUCGAGAAGGGUACCAAGGUGAUAGGGAAUGGCUGGCAGAAGUUAACUAUCUGGGACAGCUGAGUUAUCCUACUCUUGUGAAGCUGAUUGGGUACUGCUGUGAGGAUGACCACCGGCUACUGGUCUAUGAAUACAUGGCAAGUGGGAGCCUGGAAAAACAUCUUUUUCGCAGAGUGGGCUGUACGCUUACAUGGUCAAGAAGAAUGAAGAUUGCUUUAGAUGCUGCGAAAGGGCUUGCUUUUCUUCAUGGUGCAGAGAGACCAAUCAUUUACCGCGACUUCAAGACAUCAAAUAUCUUGUUGGAUGGGGAUUUUAACGCAAAGUUGUCAGACUUCGGCCUUGCAAAGGAAGGACCAAUGGGAGACCAAACCCAUGUUUCAACACGAGUGAUGGGAACGCACGGAUAUGCUGCUCCUGAGUAUGUAAUGACUGGGCAUCUCACCGCUCGAAGCGAUGUUUAUGGAUUUGGAGUGGUACUGCUUGAGCUGCUCAUUGGAAGAAGAGCAAUGGAUAAGAGCAGACCCGGCCGAGAACACAACCUGGUGGAGUGGGCUCGCCCACUCUUGAAUCAUAAUAAGAAACUUCUGAGGAUUGUAGACCCUCGACUGGAAGGGCAGUACUCACUUAAAACUGCAAUGAAGGUGGCCAAUUUGGCGUAUCAAUGCCUUAGUCAAAACCCAAAAGGGAGGCCCCUUAUGUGCCAGGUGGUUGAAAUGCUCGGUUCUCUUCAGACAACAGGAAACGAUGAACUUCAAAGUGGAGAAGGUGGUGUAACUCUUUAUGAGGCUCCGAAGGGAACCUUUGGAACUCCCGCCAGGAAGAGAGACCCGAACAGAAGAGACGGUGAAAGGGGAGGAGAGGCACGUAGAAGGAGCAAACCGGGAAAUGGAGGGAGCAAGAGCGAGCCUAUGAAAGAUAUCGAUAGUAGUAACUUGUCUCCAGAUUUUGUUACAUGAAAAGUAGCUCCGACUGGAUGGAGGGUUGAAAGUGUACAAGAUGAUAUCAACUGGUCUGUCCAUUUGGUGUUUUUGAGUUAAAUCCAUGCCCAGGGGCGGGACGAAAUUUGUGAUUAACACUUUGUAAUUCAUUUUCUUCACAUUGUAUUGAAUCACUAUCAUGUACGAAUGAGAUUAUAAUUUAGUAGAGCAUCUCAAGAAAACCCUUUUUCUCUUAA